GGCCGGUAUUUUACCUGCCUGGCCAUUAAAAGUUAUGAUUGAUCCCAAUAUUAAUAUAAAAAAGAUAAAUAUAUAGGAAGGCAGGUAUUUUUUCCAGAAAAGGUAGCAACCCUAGGUGCAUCAACAUUCUGUCCUACUCAUGAGCCACAACCAGCUGUUCUCUGCCUGACACAUGAACCCUAACCCGGCUGCUGCUGACUCUGCUGUGUAUGGGGGCAGCAUGUGUUAUACAGUGAAAGCAGGUCGGGAAUGGUCAGCCCACGUGGUUCAGAGAUAUUCGUUUUCUGAAAUCGCCCGAAGAUUCCUUGUCCGGCAACUUCGGGUGACUUCGGAAAUCUAAUUUUUCCAAGUGCCGUCCCGCCGGCGAUUUACAUUUUAGCAGAUGGGAAGGCAGUUUGAGGGGAUUAGUCUCCCUGAAGAAGAGAAGUUUGUCGCCCGGCAAUUAAUCUCCCUGAAUCUGCCUGUGUGCACUGACCCUUAUCUCCCAACCCAGUUUGAUUCCAAGUCUGAUUCUACUUUAUCUCCUAACCCAAUCUGGUUCCCCUUUGUACCAACCAAAUUUAGUCCCCCUUUAUCUCCCAACCCAAUCUGGUUCCCCUUUGCACCAAUCCAAUCUGAUCCCCCUUUAUCUCCCAAACCAGUCUGAUUCCCUUUUCUCUCCCAACCCAGUCUGAUAUCCCUUUUACUCCCAACGCAAUCUGGUUCCCCUUUUGUCUCCCAACCGAGUCUGAUUGUCCCAGGAAUAAGGAUGCCCCAAAAAGUGGGUGACAAUGAAGUGAUUCCGUGCACAGAUCCUCCCACUUUCUGUCCGUCAGCUUUCAAUUCCACGCCCCUUCACACAGUCCCGCCUCUGAGUCACGAUUCUGUCUGAUCUCGCUUUCCCCGCCCGUCAGUCAGGCGCUGCCCCGCCUUCGGCUCCUCCCCGACCAGAUUAGCUUCCACGGCUGUGCCUGGCUGGGUAUCUCCGUGAUCUGCCCUCAUGGAGGUGCCCGGGUGCUCUGAGUGCCGGGUUCUUUCCAUUCAGAGUCACGUGGUACGGGGGUAUGUGGGCAAUAAAGCGGCCUCCUUCCCCCUACAGGUGAGACAGGGUCUGGUGGGCAUCAAGGGCACAGUGAGCGGCAUAAGGAGGGCAUGUGUUCUGGGGUUUGAAGUGGACACAGUUAAUUCCGUGCAGUUCUCUAAUCACACAGGCUACAACCAUUGGAAGGGGCAGGUGCUGAAUGCUGAGGAGCUGCAGGAACUCUAUGAGGGUCUGAAACUGAACGGAGUCACCCACUAUGACUAUGUGAUGACUGGUUACAACAGGGACGCUUCCUUCCUGGCUCGGGUUGUGGAUAUCAUACAGGAGCUUAAACAGCAAAACCCUCAUCUUGUGUAUGUUUGUGAUCCAGUCCUGGGAGACAAAGGGAAGGGAGAGGGAUCCAUGUAUGUUCCAGAAGAAUUGCUCCCAGUAUAUAGAGAUUUGGUGGUGCCGGUCGCUAACAUCAUCACCCCCAAUCAAUUUGAGGCUGAGUUGCUGACGGGACUGAAGAUUCGCACAAAGAUGGAGGCAGUGCAGGUGAUGGAUGUCUUACACUCGCUUGGCCCUGACACUGUGGUUAUAACCAGCUCGGAUCUCCCAGCAUCCCGUGGGCCAGACUAUCUCAUGACGUUGGCGAGCCAGAGAAAGGUGGACAAGCACGGGCGAAUCCACACGCAGCGAAUCUGCCUGGAGUUACCCCGCGUGGAAGCUGUAUUCGUGGGAACUGGAGACCUAUUUGCUGCUAUGCUCUUGGCUUGGACACAUCACCACCCCAAUGACUUUAAACUUGCCUGUGAGAAGACCGUCUCAGCUAUGCACCACAUCCUGCAGAGAACUAUCCGCAGCGCUAAGGCUCUGGCUGGUCCUGGUGUGAAGCCGUCGUAUGCACAGCUUGAGAUCCGGAUGGUUCAGAGCAGGAAGGACAUUGAGUCUCCGGAAGUUGUUGUAAUUGGUACAGAUUUAUAAGAAUGUUCUCUGGAGAACCCUGGGACCAAAUUAGAAACUCCCCUUCUGCACAACUAACACACAAAUAGGGCAAUAUGGAAACUGGAUCCUGGGAACCUGCAUGGAUUCCAAGGGGGAACAAUGAGGGGUACAGGAUGAUGCUGCCAAUGUCUGUGCCAAAUAGCUCUCCACCAGCAACUGGGAUGGAGCACACCCUUACUUAGUAUGCCCUCCAAUGAAAAGUCACAGACAAUCCAAACCAAUCCAAACCAUUCUUUGCUGAAAAGCCCAUGAGACCUGGGACAAGUAUCCACUGCUGUGAAGCAAAUUGACACCCCCCCCCACACCAUUGAUGUAGUUCCAUUUGCUUGUUGUUCCUGCAGAAAGACGGUAUGGUUAAUGUAUAUCCCUGUUUCUACCCUGUAUGUGGGUAAGUAAAGGGCAGGCGGCUUGGGGAUUCGAUUUACUUGAGUAACAUGCACCGUGGAGCUUCAUUAAUGACUUUCAGUAUCCCAAAGUGCUUUUCUGUUACCCUCCUUCUUCGUAACGUAUUUCCUGUAAUGGACUCCCUUUGAGUGUGAGCUUCAUGCAAUAGGAAGGAUCCAUGUCUUGUGGCUGCUGUAUGACCCUGCUAACGAGCAGACCCUUUCCCAGAGCUGCUGUCACCCUCCUUUGGGAGGACUCCAUUUUCUAUUGCUUCCAUGUGUGUUAGUCACCCUGCUGUGGGAGGGACAGACUCCAUGUCUCAUGGUGCCUUUAAGUGUAUGAAUGUGAUUUAAUUGUGAGAUAAUUAACCCAUGGUCUCUGUCCCCGGCUCCCACAAGGUGAGUUCCAGGUCUCUCAGCCCACAUUAUGCCAAUGGUGCACCUGCUGGUGGAAAUGUGUCUUUUGGGAAUUGGCAUCCUGGCAUCUAUUUCGUCAGGAUGAAUAGUAACUAAAGAACCCCCACACAAGGAUAAGGUUAGGCCACAUGUGGGAUACACACUGGACUGCUGUACAAGACAGGUGGUACCGGAACCCUCUGGCUGGGAAAUAUUCACCCGUACAGCUCAUUUAUAGAUUUCUGCCUGCACAAAUGUGGAAUCCCUAAACAUGACCAGCAGCCAAGCAGAGCUCAGUGAGCAUGUGCAGGUACCAGUGAUACCAGAGGGGAGCACACAUCAAAAUCACGAGUGGAGACAACAUUGUCUCCACUACGUCGUAGGGUUUCUGCUCCUCGAAGCUUUCUCUUGUACGGAAGCCCUAUCAGAACGGCACGUUGUGGCCUUUGCAUCAUUACUGUAGGAUCUAAACUUCCCCUUGACCCUCCCCUUGUUGGACCAUGCACAGGUGUCCCAGGUCCAAUCUUAUGCCCUGUGCUUGAUUUGUUUCAGCCUAUCCUGUCAGCCCUAAAUCUCAGGGAGCGGAGAUAAGAGGCCAACACUUUGCCAGUACUUAACUAAUUGCCAACAAUGUGUGUUGUCGAGUCUGUGUUCCUGGUGCCAAUUUCAAAUGUCCCCUGUUCUUGGUAACUUUGAGGUCUUUGUGUUUGUGUUGUUUACCUGUGUCACUGGUUUCCUAUUACACUGGGAUGAAAGGGCCACAGAUAUUGUUUGUCUGAAAUCCCACCACCCAGAUGGAAGGUGCCAGCCCUUUAGCAUGAAUAUCUCUCAAUACUGUACAGCAACAGGAAGGCUGCCCGACCCAUUUAUUGUAUAGCGCUGUGGAAGGAGUAAUUUGGAGUCUGUGCUGUGUCAGAUAAUCUGCACAAUAAGGCAAGUGAUAGUAACCCGUAAUACCAACAGGUAUAACUCCUCCCACUGCAUGGCAUCGAAAAACUAACUCGCAACUGGAGUAAGCAUAAUAAAAAACAAAAAUCUCAUAAAUCUGAGAAAACCUGGGUGUACCCUGUAAGAUUAAUUUAUCCAACAAGGUCCCCAGCAUCUGGGCCAAAUUGGUAUGGUCCAGUCCUUUGGAAUUGGGGCAAAUGAUUGGAUAUCGCUGGUCCUAGGGAGAUGGCUGCCUCACUGUGUCUUUGUGGGUUCCUCCAUGUACCCCAAUUCCUUCCACACCCUAAAUACAUAGAGCCAAGCCAAUAGGCUCCUGAUAUGUAGUACUACUUGUGAUAAGGAUAUUUAAAUGUAAGCUCCACUGGAACAAAGAUGGAUGGAUGACACAAAGUGCUACGGAAUAUGUAGGCUCUAUAUGAAUAAGGAUGAUGGAAAUAAUAAGAGGCAGGAGUUGGUUGUAUUUUGCCAAAGCUUUGUUAUCUCCUAAUGUUCUACUGCUCCUCAUGGGAAGUACUAACAGUAAUCUAGUGGCGUCCAAUGGGGAGUGCUAACAGUAAUCUAUGGAUCCUCAGAGGAAGCAUUGACAGUGAUCUGCUGCUCCUCAUGGGAAGCUCUAGUUGAUCUAUUGCUCCUUAUGGGGAUGACUGUACUUGAAUACUAACACAGCCAAACAGGCUAGACAAAAUCAGUGCUAUUGCGAGUAUUAACAUGGCAGUGCGGUGCACUGGGAGUGCUGACAUAACGCCGGGUGCUCAGUAGAGAGGGACCAGGUUCUUGUAACUGGCGCUGGUGUAAGUGUCUCACAAGCAGAAAUACCUUAUAUCAGAGGUUUUGGGACUUUUGUGAUGGUUUAUAACCCCCCAGUCCAUCAUCAGAGAGUUUACACCUGGGUGCAGAUAUUGCUGUAUCAGCCAUAGUUCUUACUAAGCACUCAUUCUAACUCUCAUCCUAACUACUAUUCAGCCCGGGCCCUACCUAAUAGUCGGGGGCCCCAAGAGAGGCCAGCAGUACUGGUUUAAGGCCUCAUUGGCACCGGUGUUUAGCUGUCUGGCCCGUUUCAAUCAGAUUAAUUAGAUCAAGACAGGAAAACUGAACCCCACGGCACCAAAUCAUCUGAAGAAAUGUUUGAGCAUUUGGCUCUUUCUGGGGAGGGGCAUAUACGGAUAUGCCAAUAGGCAGUGACCUCACAUGCAACUUGUGUUGCAUUACUGUUUGGUUGCGCCAACUAAGAGUAAUUCAUUUCUACACAUGAAAAGUGCCAUCCACCCUUCUCUGUUGGGCACAAUCCUGGACAGAAGGCAUAUGGCACUGUACCUAAAGCUCAUUCCCUGCACUUACUGGACCUUGUACAGGUAGGGGAUCCAUUAUCCAAAAACCCGGUUAGCCAGAAAUCUCCAAAUUACGGAAAGGCCAUUUCGCAUAGACUACAUUUUAUUUGAAUAACUCAGAUUUUUAAAAAAAAAAAGAUUUUCUUUUUCUCUGUAAUAAUAAAACAGUAGCUUGUACUUAAUCUCAAUUAAGAUAUAAUUAAUCCUUAUUGAGAGCAGAACCAGCCUAUUGGGUCAAUUUAAUUUUUAAAUGAUUUUCUAGUAGACAAAGUUUGAAGAUCCAAAUUACGGAAAGAUCAGUUAUCCAGAAAACUCCAGGCCCUGGAACUCUGGAUAACAGGUCCAAUACCUGUAUUCUGUAUAGAACAGCCAUACUGACAUCCACCUCCAAACCAUGUGGUGACUAUCAGUCCAACGCUGCUAACGGAUCCCCCUUGUUUCAUGUGCUUUAGCUCCACUGGUUACAUUUUAUUUCAUGCUACUAACUGUGAUCAAAUGGAAUUAAUUGGCUCACAAAAUGUCUAAUAAAUUAUAUGUGAUCAGCUA